UUAAAGGGGAGGAUUCGUUUGACGACGUACGCGCGUACAGGAAAUAUGACGUCACGCGCCACGCUCAGCUACAGAAGAGGGAAAUAGAAACCCAGAAGAGACAUUUCAGGGAGCUCCGUCCAAAUAGAAACGCUCGUUGCCAUGGCCGAAGAAAAUAUCUUCCUGUUCGUCCCGAAUUUGAUCGGAUAUGCCCGUAUUGUACUGGCUCUGGUAUCCUUCUACUUGAUGCCCUGCUGCCCGGGUCCGGCUGUGUUUUGUUACCUACUGAGUGCCCUGUUGGAUGCCUUCGAUGGACAUGCAGCCCGCGCUCUUAAUCAAGGUACAAAGUUUGGUGCCAUGCUGGAUAUGUUGACUGACCGUUGUGCAACAAUGUGUUUGCUGGUGAAUCUGGCACUGCUGUACCCGUCCUACACUUUCCUGUUUCAGCUCAGCAUGUGUCUGGACGUGGCCAGCCACUGGCUGCACCUGCACAGUUCCAUGAUGAAGGGAGCCACCAGUCACAAGACCAUUGACCUCUCUGGCAACCCCAUCCUACGACUCUACUACACAUCCAGGCCGGUGCUGUUUUUCAUGUGUAUGGGGAAUGAACUCUUCUUCUGUCUGCUUUACAUAAUGUACUACAUUGAGGAGCCCCAGGUGUGGCUGCAAUGGCUUUUGGGAGUUUGCGGCGUGGUCUGUCUGCUGAAGUCUGGCAUAAGUCUCCUCCACCUCAUCACCGCCUCCCGCAACAUGGCUGCUAUCGACGUGGCUGACCGCGAAAGAGAGCGGAGCAAAGCACAAUGAGAGAUGAGGGCAUACAGAAAACAGAGAUGAAGGCCGAGCGAAGAAGAUGAGCAGAAAAAAGCGCUAUGAGAACAUCGGCCCGUAUAGAUUAGGAUGAGAUGAUGGAAAACAAUCAUGGGACCUUGUAAAGCCUCACUGAGCAUUUAUAUUUAUUUGAAUAUAGAUUAUCAAUGGUAUGACACUAGGGGAAAUACCUUACGCGUUUUAUCCAUAUUCCUGUAGAUGUGCUUUUCAUUGCUGUUGAUGAAACUAGUUGCACUAUGAGUGUACCAUAUAUAUGUCAUCUUUGGGGUGUCAUAAUAUUAUUAUUUUAUGGCUGUUUUUAUUUGUUAUUUGAAUAAUCAUACAUAAUUUUAUUAGAAUAGCUCAGCUGUUUAAAAGCAACAUUUCCACACACACAGACACAUAAAAGACCGGCACAUUCCACACUUAAACUGAAAGCCACUUGAGUGUUACUGUAUUUGGUGUCUGAUUAUUAUUAUUAUUGAACUGAACUGUCUGUAUAUGAGCCUGUUUUUUAUUAGACUCUUUUUUUUUCGCUGCAGUCUAUCAAACAGAACAUGUACCUGUAUUCGAAGAGUGUGAAGCCAUUAUUAUAUUAUACAAGAGUGGCUCUGGCAUAAUUUUCGUCCAUAGCCUUCUGAAUGUAUUCUUGGGUUGUGUUAGAGGAUUAGACAUACUGUUUUAGAGCUGUUAUAUAAAUUAUGAGAGUUAUAUGAUUGUGGAGAAAUGCCCUUUUGUACUGUAACAGGUGAUUUGACAAUAAAGUUAUCCUGACACCAA